ACCUCGAGUCUAAUGACACAGACUGCCAACGUUUGCGUGAGCGCGCCGACAAGGAGAGGAAGUGGUGCGUGAUCUGGGUCCGCACCUCUUCCGGUGUCGGGGAGCAACCGUGGGAGCAACGGAAGAGAGGCGCGCGCGCAAAGGAGAGGGAGCGCGAGAGAAGGGGAGGACGGCCGGGGGAGAGUGGGGUUGCCGCAGUUGCAGGGAGAGGAGAAGAGGAAGGAAGCUCUCGGCGGAAUCGGUGACAUUCGGAGGUGCGGCGGCCCAGGCUGUUCCGUCCCCUCUACACACUUCACUUGGAUUAAUCCCCAUCCCCCCGCGACGCUCGGGGUGCGACGAGUGCGUGCGGCUCAGGAUCAUAAAGCCGAGAGGAGAUCGGCGGACCGGGCUGGAAGGAAGGAAGCGCACCGUCGGUUGCAGGCUUCUGGGGCCUGUGUCACUCACACAGUGUGUGUUCCGAGCACUGCUGUCUACAGUCCGUAGGAUCUAAUUGCCUUUUACUUUGAAAAGUACCGUUUAAUGUUGUGCGAUCCAUCUGUUCAGCUAAAGACUGACUUGAACCCGCUAUUUGGACUGCAGAGAGAGCUGACAGACUCUUGAGAAAAGACAGGCGGCAGUGAAUGCGCUCACUAGGUGUGGCGGGUCGCCGGAGUUCCGUUCCUGCAUCAGUCGCUCUUUACUCCGGGCCUCUUGUCGUGCUUUGCGCGUCACUCUGACAUGGAUGAAUGUGACUCUAAAUAAAACCCAGCUGUAGAGGGAUCGUGUGGAGAAAAUCGCUGUUAACGGAGUGCAUGGUGGUGCCGGCUGUCCGAGGGCUGCGCCUCGUCGCGGAUGAUCUACGUGUGAAUUCAUCUUUCGGGAAUCUUCUUAAAACACACAUAUACGGCAUAAUCCUGUACCGGUCGCGUUUCGCAUUGCUUUUAAAGUCGCGUCCUUAAUUCGGUCCAUUCAUUUUUCUUUUGGUCCGCGCUACUGUGUGGAAAGGGAAGCGCGCGAAGCACGCGGACUUGCGGCCGCCGGCGUUUCAUCAGGGCGAGCAGAUCUUUAUGCGCAGGUGACAACAUGGGGAAGAUGCUUUCCAAGAUCUUUGGCAAUAAGGAGAUGAGAAUAUUAAUGCUGGGACUGGAUGCUGCCGGGAAGACCACCAUCCUGUACAAACUGAAGCUGGGGCAGUCGGUGACCACGAUCCCCACUGUGGGCUUCAACGUGGAGACGGUCACCUACAAGAAUGUAAAGUUCAACGUGUGGGAUGUUGGAGGUCAAGACAAGAUCCGCCCCCUGUGGCGGCACUACUACACGGGCACGCAGGGCCUCAUCUUCGUGGUGGACUGCGCCGACCGGGACCGCAUAGACGAGGCUCGACAGGAGCUGCACCGUAUCAUCAAUGACAGAGAGAUGCGGGAUGCCAUCAUCUUGAUCUUCGCUAACAAGCAAGACCUGCCUGACGCUAUGAAGCCACAUGAGAUCCAGGAAAAGCUAGGCCUGACCCGCAUCAGGGACCGCAACUGGUACGUGCAGCCCUCCUGCGCGACCACAGGUGAUGGACUGUAUGAGGGUCUAACCUGGCUUACCUCCAACUACAAAUCAUAAUGCUUCUCACAAUUUUAGAAAAACAAAGAUAAGUCAGUACCAAGAUUGGUAUAAAUAACAUGGCUUCACAAAGAAUAAAUAAUAAAGGUUUGAUUCUCUUAUUUUUCCAUUAUCAGUUGUCAGAUUUUGUUUCUUAAAGCAAACAAGGUCUUUGCCUGUUUUUUUUCUUUUUUUUUUUUUUUUCCCCUCAAGUUUUCUUUGCUCUAGCUUUUGAAUUUUCCUUGUGCAUUUUACCGAAUUGCUGUGACCUCAAGUUGCGUAAAUACUUUUUUUUUUCCCCCCCCCCCCUCCCCCAAAUGCUAUAGAGUUGACUGCGGAAUUGUCAUUUUUAAUGUGGAGGGGCUUGGUCAGAGGAGGAUGGUGGCCUGUUCUGGUUGCUUCACAUCUCCUAUUUAUACAGUGCUGCAUAGCUGAUUUCCUCACAGAUAAGAAACAAGUCACAACAUUGAGAAAAGUGGCUACAUGAUGUCUUAUCAGACUUUUGUUUGUUACAGCAGUGCAAAGAAGGAUAAAGAUUGUUUGAAAACUGUCUUCUGCAAUUAAAGCUCAUUAUUUACAGUACAUUGGUACAGUGUUGUAUAUUGUACCAGGUACUGCAGAAAUUAAAGAAUCUAAAGUUUUAAUCUUUGUCCAUUAUAAAUUUUCAAGAAAUUUCAGUUUUCAAUAUUUUUUUAUGAAGGAUAUGGUGUUAAAAUAUUAUACUUUCAGU